AUGUCACUGCCAAGAUCAUCGCGAAGACGUUCUUCCGUUGCGGAUGGAGACGAAAACAUUACAAAAUUACUGCUGGCAGCAAAAACUCAAAAUAUAAUUUCUAAACGUCGUGGAUCGGCUGUUUCUAUAGAUUCUAUUCCACCUAAUUCUGUCAUAAUUGAUGCUACUAUCACUACUACGAAAACCAUCCCCUCCUCCAGAGAUAAAAUGUUAUCUUCAAAUUCAUCUGAUUUAUCUUUAAAAACGCAUUAUGCAUCUCCCAGUCAAUUUUCUGACAUUGAGAACGAUAAAUUUUCCAAAGUCAAUAAAAAAGAUCUGUUGCCUCGUCGAACUCUGUCACAGCAUGUUCAACAACAACAAUGUCUACAUUCGAGAUCUUUAUCUCAACCGAUUCCUUCGUUAUCACAGCAGCGGCCUUUAAUUCCUUCAGCCAAUUAUGAUAAUCAUAAUCAAUAUAAAUUACGAACUGAAUUAUCUUCGAAAAAGUUAUGUCGGUUUUUUGGUGAUAAACCUCCCAUCGAUAUCUGUGUUAAAGAAAUCGAGAGAGAGGGACUUAAAGCUAUGUUACAUUCCAAGAUUCCUUUAUGUUAUUUCUUGUAUUCGUUGCUCGAAGAAUAUUCUUGCGAAAAUUUGUUCUUCUUUCUCGAAGUAGAACAAUUUGAAUCAUUUGAAUACUCUAAUUUAGCUCAGCAAUAUACGAUAGCUCAACACAUAUUUGAUACUUAUUUAACGAGAAACUCCCAAUUUGAAGUAAAUAUUGACGACAAAGUUAGAAAAAGUGUUGUAUCAUUUAUUAAAAGUCAACGUGAUCUAAGGCAUUGCUUUGAUGGUGCUAAGAGGGCUGUAUUUGUACUAUUAGAAUCUAGUUUUGCUAGAUUCAUUCGAAGCAGUACUGCUGAUCUUAUGAAAAAGGAAAUAGGUGAAACAACUACUCAUUAUUCUAUAAAAGCACGUGAUUCCGCAAUAUCUUUGCUUUUUAGUUUUUUCGACCGUCAAUAUUCUUCGUCACAGCCAUCGUUGGUUGCUCUGAAUUAUAAAAAUAAAUCAUUCAUUCAUUACAAUCCUCCUUACAACCCUUACUCGACUCCUCCUCCUUCAAAUGGCACUUCACCAAUACCAUCGCCAACAUCAAUGGUCUCUCAUAAACGCAUCGAACUAAUCAAAUCAAUGAUUUAUGAAUUCAUUAGAACUUUAUUAGAAGUUGAAAUUGAAAGCUUGGAUAGGUUAAAUAAGACUGGUGAUCCAUCAAAUAGUGGUGUCCCUUAUAACCACUUGGACAAUCUUAAUAUGUUAUCCAAUGAUACUGGUAACGGUUAUGACACGCGUGGGGAUGAAUCGUCGGUACAGUUACGGGUUAUUAAACAUCGUAAAAGUGGUAAAGAACAAUUGAGAAAUGCGUUUAGACGUCGUUGGUAG